AUGGAAGAUGAUCACAAGGAUAAAUGGAUUGAAGCCAUGCAAGAUGAGAUGAAAUCUCUGCAUCAGAAUCAUACUUAUGAUUUGGUGAAAUUUUCAAAUACUUAUGAUUUGGUGAAAUUUCCUAAGGGCAUGGGAGCUUUGAAAAUCAAGUGGGUGUUCAAAGUUAAAGCAGAAGAACACAGCUUGAAGCUCAGGGAUGAAAGGAAGCUUUAUUUGUCACAAGAGAAGUACAUUGAGUGUGUACUAGAGCACUUCAACAUGAAGAGUGUUAAGCCGGUUAGCACACCUGUUCCUGGUCAUCUGAAAUUGAGCAAGAAGAUGUAUCCUACAACAACGGAGGAGAAAGAGAGCAUAGCCAAAAUACCUUAUUCCUUUGCCGUCAAAAGAUUGAUGUAUGCAAUGGUAUGCACUCGACCAGAUGUUGCUCAUGCAGUUGGUGUUGUUAGUAUAUUUCUCAAAAAUUCAGGAAAAAAGCAUUGGGAAGCUAUGAAGUGGAUACUCAGAUUGCCAUAUUGUUUCCAGUUUCGGUCUGAUCAUAUCGAGCAGUCAGAGUACAAUAGACCUGAGCAAGAACUCCAUGUACCAUGCGAGAACAAAAACAUUGACGUCAGAUAUGCUGACCAAAGUGGUACCGAGAGACAAGUUCGAAUUGUGCAAAGAACUUGUUGGCAUGCACUCAAACUAGAAGCCCAGUGUACUCUCUUUCAUGUGAAUGGGUCUGGAGGGGGAGAUUUGUGGGGUCCAACCCCUAUUUUGAGGAAGAAAGAGCAGAUAGCUAUGAAUUCUUUUGUGAUGUUUACUUUCCUUUUGACUUUCUUGUUCCUCAAUUCCUUUGUUUCUUUUGGACAAACAGAGGAAUUAUCCAUUGGAGACAGAAUUGACACAAACAAAACUAUUACAAUUGGUGUUACUAUUAUUUCUUCAGGCGGAAAUUUUGAGAUGGGCUUCUUUACACCAAACAAUGGUAUCAGUUACUACAUUGGCACGUGGUACAAAAUUAUAACCCCGCAAACAGUCAUUUGGGUCGCGAAUCGCGACUCGCCACUUUCUUUCUCCGAAAUGCCCAAUGCAGAAUUCGCGAUCAAGAAUGGAAAUUUGGUCCUCCUAAAUGGGACUCGACAGCUAGUUUGGUCAACGAAAGUCAACUCCAGAAAGUCUGACGAUUCUAUGGUUGCAGUUCUUGGUGAUGAUGGAAAUUUUGCUUUAAGAGAUGGUAAUUCAAAUUCAACGUCUCAUGUACUCUGGAAAAGUUUCGAUCAUCCUAGUCAUACCUUUAUGCCUGGUGCGAGAUUUAGUUACAACAAGAACACCGAAGCAAUGCAAUAUGUCACGUCCUGGAGGAGUUCAGAUGAUCCUAGUCCGGGGCCUUAUACUGUCGAAUUUAAUCCAACAAAUGGCCAAUUUAGGGCAAUGUGGAAAAGGACCGAGGAAUACUGGAACAGUGGCGCUUGGGAUGGAGAUAGUUUUAGAAAUGUGCCAUAUAACACUCCCAACACAACAGUCAACUAUACGUAUGUCAACGAUGACAACGAGGUUUACUACAUCUACACCUUCUUUAGUCCUUUAGUCAAAUCAAGAUUUGUGAUUGAUGUCACGGGGGAAAUGAAGCAGUUCACAUGGUUGGAUAGCUCCAAGCAGUGGAAUGUGGUUUACCUUCAACCAACACGCUCUUGUGAUGUCUAUGCUUAUUGCGGGGCAUUUGGAACUUGCAAUCCAGACUCAACUUCAGUAUGCAGGUGUUUGCCUGGUUUUGUUCCCAAAUUAGACACCGACUGGGAUUUAGAUAUUUUUUCUCAAGGUUGUGUUAGGAAAACAAAUUUGAGCUGCGGUAGUAAUCCAAGUGCUCCCUUUAAGGACAAGUUUUGGUUGAUGUCUAAUGUGACAUUACCCAAAUACUAUGAAACUGCCAGAGUUACAAGCGCGACAAAAUGUGAAUCUGCUUGUUUAAAUAAUUGUUCUUGUACUGCUUAUGCUUAUGAUGGCACUGACUGUUUAACUUGGAGUGAAGAAUUACUAAAUCUGCAACUGUCUCAAGAUGAUCAAAGAGGAAGAAACUUGUUUAUCAAACUAGCUGCUUCUGAUUUUCCAAGUGCAAUUAAAGCGAAACAAUCAUGGUCAACAAGGCUCAAAGUCAUUGUUCUUGCAACAGUAUGUGUGACAAUCCUAGUAGUAAACUGCUUUAUCUACAUUUACUGUAGAAGAAGGAUUGCAAAAGGAAAAGGCCAGAGGAAUUUCUUGGCUCAUUUGCAGAGCAGAGAUAAUCUUAUUGCUUUGACAAAUGAAGAUGAUGAGAAUAGCAUCGAUGCUCCAUUUUUUAGUUUUGAAAGCAUAUUAGCUGCCACAAAUCAAUUCUCAGAGGCAAACAUGCUUGGCCGAGGGGGAUUUGGUCCGGUUUAUAAGGGUAAAUUUCCAGGAGGACGAGAAAUUGCAGUUAAAAGAUUAUCAACUCAAUCUCGACAAGGCAUAGAAGAAUUCACAAAUGAAGUGUUAUUGAUUGCAAGAGUUCAACAUAGGAAUUUGGUUAAACUUUUGGGCUAUUGUGUAAAGGGUGAUGAAAAGAUUCUACUCUACGAGUACAUGUUAAAUAAAAGCUUGGACACCUUCAUAUUUGAUCAACAAAAUUGCACACGUCUGGAUUGGAAAAAACGAUUCGAUAUUAUACUUGGAAUUGCCCGUGGAAUGUCUUAUCUACACCAUGAUUCAAGAUUGACAAUCAUCCAUAGAGAUCUGAAAACUAGCAAUAUUUUACUAGACGAAGGAAUGAACCCCAAGAUUUCAGACUUCGGCUUAGCAAGAAUUGUCCAAGGAGACUAUACACGAGCAAAUACGACAAAAAUCACUGGAACCUGUGGCUAUAUGUCUCCGGAAUAUGCGUUGAAUGGAUCAUUCUCAACCAAAUCAGAUGUAUUUAGCUUCGGGGUAAUUUUACUCGAGAUUGUCAGUGGUAGAAGAAGCACUGGAUUUCAUCAAUACGAAGAGGCAAUAAAUCUUAUAGAACAUGUUUGGAAAUUGUGGGAAGAAGAAAAAGAAAUCAAUUUGGUUGAUGAAUCGCUACGUGAAACAUGUAAGUUGGAUGAAGCAAUAAGGUGCAUUAAUAUUGGCCUCUUGUGUGUACAAGAAAACCCUUGUCAACGUCCAAGUAUGUCAAACGUCAUAGUAAUGCUUGGGGGUGAAAGCAUGAUUUUACCAAGACCAAAUCAACCAGCUUUUGUGACAAGAAGUACUAUUUCUAGUAAAUCUACAUCUUCGUCCUCUACCAACAACGGGCUAACUAUUACAAUUGAACAAGGUCGAUAACAUGAGGAAAGCUACGUACAAAGUUUUGAUGCCCAAAUGAAUUCAUUUGCCUGACACAUCCUUGAGGAAAUAGUUCAACAAAAUUCUUUUAUAUCAUAAAUAGAAUCCAAUUAUAAGUUGAAAUUAAUGUGACUAUUUUUUUUAAUCUGUGAAGUUGAGUGUUUAUUAUGUUGUAUCAUUAUUAUCAAUCGUAGGUUUUCUUGUAAAUGAUAUUUCAGUUAUCAAAGGUGCACAUAGGCUUCAAAAUUUUGUUGUCUUUAAAAUAAGCAAAUUUUG